AUGGCCAUGGCUGAGCGGCCACGGCCCGGGUGGGCCUCGUAUCACAGCUCCAACACCAACAGUUGUCAGGACCUGGGCAACUCCAUCCUGUUGCUCCUGGGCCUCAUCAUCUGCGUUAAUAUUAGCAUCAAUAUGGUGACGCUGCUCUGGCGCCGGCUCCGUGGCUUCUUACACCAAGUGUUCCAUAUUGUUUAUGAGAAAGAAGCUUCUAAGUCAUCCUCACCGGGGAAGCAGCCCCAGCCUCCGAAGCAGAGAGCCCCUGCAGUCCACCUCCGAUGCACCAUGGACCCUGUGAAAAUGACUGUGACUCCCCCACCCGCUCGCCACCACCGCCACCGGGGCUCUUCCGGCCGCCGUGCCCACCGCCCGGUAGCCUGGGCCCCCGACACGGACGACGACGAGAAGCCCCCACACCAGCACCCGGCAGUGUGCCCCCACCACUGGGAUCAGCCGGCAGACUGGCAGGGCUUCCAGUCCAGCCAGGGGUUCUGGGCUCCCUGGCCCCAGGAUGCCGUGGAGCCCCCUCCCCCGACCAUUCGCUUCCAGCAGGCCAUAGAAGGAGGGCCCCUCAAAGGAGAGAUGCGGUCAGAGCUGGGCCUCGAGGCCUACGUGUACCCGGUGAACCCCCCGCCCCCGAGCCCACAGGCCCUGAGCCAUAAGAACAGUGGGGCGGGGGCCCAGGCCGAGCUGGAGGCGUGCGCCCCCGCCCCGCCGGCCCCGCCGCCCGUCCAGGGCCCGGCCAUUGUCCCUGACAUCCCCCGGCGCCGCUCCUCGGGCCGCGUGGUCUACGACGCCCGAGACGUACGGCGGCGGCUCCGGGAGCUGACCCGCGAGGUGGAGGCCCUGUCCCACUGUUACCCCCUGGGCUCCCUAUCCAGCAACGUGGCCGAGGGCACGGGCAAGGACUGGGUGUACCGUUCUGUGGCAGAGAGGUGACUGGGACAAAAAUAAAAGGAAGAGAGGAGGUGGUCUGCGGUGGUGUAGGGGGGAGUCAGGGCCCUCGGCGAAGGGUCUCCCUGGCAACAGGGACCUCGAGAGCCCCAAGGACCCUCUUCAACCCCUUGGCUUCCCUAGGGCCCUGCCCUCAGUUCUCUCCCAGCCCCUCUGGGUCCCAACAUUCCCACCUGCCGCUCCCCUGUUUUCUUUCGUGCCCAGAGCAGCGCCCCCAGAUCCCGGUCCAGAUCCUCAGGCAGGCCUACGCUAGAGGGGAGACCCCACCCCCGUGGCCCUAGCCCCUCGGCGGCCUGGUUUCUGCCGGAGCCCAGGGCUGGCGCGCUUCCCCGGCCUCCCCCCCAAAGCCC